CACUAAAAACAACGAAAUUCAUUACACUGCCUAAAUAUUUCGUGGAUAUUUCUAUUUUCCAUCAUUUCUCUAAAAUAUUUAUGUUGAAAUAUGGAGAUUUGGGUAAGGAAAAGUUUUGGUUUUUCUCAACUUUUAGUUUUAUUUUGAAUACGCUACACUCCGAUCGGCUCAUCGACCGAACAGUACCCGCCGUUCAUAUUAUCUUCGACAUCGCCAGUCUCCCGCUCGGAACCGCCUUUUCAGAUGGCUUCUCCCUCUCUCUUAGUGUCUCCAAUCUGUUUGUUUCUGUUGGUAACCGUGAAUGUUGUCAUCUAUUUGCCCACUGUUUGAUUCUGCUCUUCAGAUCUGCCCACCGCUUCUCCCAGAUCCAAGCCCUAAAUCUGAAUCUUCUCAAUUAACUCAAUAAUUCUUGUAACAUAUCCCCUAUCCACUCUCAGUUACCAAAAUUUUUGCUCUCUGCCAUCUCUAUCACUUAUAUCUUACAUGUCCAACAAUAGCAACAGUGUAUCGAUUCCAGUUUCCGACAAUGAGUUGGACGACAUGGAAAGGAUGCGCGUUCGAGUUCGGAGGAAGCGGAAAAAACAAGGUAAUCGAGUCAAUAACGAGUUGGCUCCUCGAGUUUUUAAAAUGAUGUUGAAGUAUUGGCUUGUUGUUUUCUUCCUUCUUGCCGUUGGCUUGCUUUUGUUUGAGGCAACAAAAAUUGGUCAGAAUUCAAGGCUGGAGACGAAAUCGGAGUUUGCUGCCACAACGACGCCAAAGUUAGACGAUUCGAAACUUGAAACUGUCAAGGAGUCGGGGUUGGACAAAAAACCAGAUGGAAAUUUGAAUAGACUCGAUCCAGUUACUAGGAUGGUUAACGGAGUAAGAGAACGUUGCUUGAAAAUUCUGCCUCCGAAAGAACUUGAGCAAUUGGAUAUUCCUGUGCUAGAAGGUUCGCCAGUUCCCGAGAUUGAUGUGAACUACAUAUCUGAUAGUGACAAUUCGUUGUCAGUAGAUAAAACUUCCUUCUCACGACAAAGUAUGAAUUCAACAAGAUUUAAUCUAUUUACUGGAUACCAGACUCUCGAGCAAAGAGAAAACAGUUAUAAGGUAAAUAGAACUGUUGAGGUACAUUGCGGUUUUUACAGCGAUGAUGGGGGUUUUAAAAUUUCUAAUGAAGACAAAACUUUCAUGCGAACAUGCACCUUUGUGGUGUCGACAUGUGCAUUUGGUGGUGGAGAUGAUCUUUAUCAACCUAUUGGAAUGUCAGAGGCCUCACUUCGCAAGGUUUGCUAUGUUGCGUUUUGGGAUGAAGUCACUUUAAGUGUUCAAGAAUCAGCGGGACGUGUUAUUGGUGAGGGUGGAUUUAUUGGGAAAUGGCGUGUUGUAGUUGUGAGGGAUCUUCCCUUCGCUGAUCAAAGAUUGAAUGGCAAAAUUCCGAAGAUGUUGGGUCAUCGUCUCUUCCCUAAUGUGAAGUACUCCAUUUGGGUAGAUUCAAAGUCUCAGUUCCGGAGAGAUCCACUAGGAGUGUUUGAAGCUCUUCUUUGGCGUUCAAAUUCUGAACUUGCAAUAUCACAACAUGGAGCUCGUAGUAGUGUCUACGAUGAGGCCGGAGCUGUGGUCAAGAAACAUAAAGCCACCCCAGAAGAAGUUGAUGUGCAGAUAAAACAAUACCGUCAUGAUCAGUUCCCAGAUGACAAGAGAUUUAAUGGCCAUAAAGCCCUUGCAGAGGCGUCUGUGAUUGUUAGGGAGCACUCUCCGGUGGUGAAUCUGUUCAUGUGCCUGUGGUUUAAUGAGGUGGUGCGAUUUACUUCCAGAGAUCAACUUAGCUUUCCAUACGUUCUAUGGCGGCUAAAAGUUGUUAAGAAAAUUAAUAUGUUCCCAGUUUGCAUUCGCAAAGAUCUUGUCAAUAGUAUGGGUCACAUAAGUAAGGCUAAGCCUCUGAAUGUGAGCCGAUUAUCUUGAGAUACUUUGUCAUUCCCCACUCUUUUUGAAGCCUUCAAGCUUCGUAUUUACCUCAUUCUUUCUUUAA